GCCGUGGUAUUAGAGACGCAGCUGCCGUGCUCUAUUGGUGCUUCGUACAAGCCAACGUGCAAGCUGAGAGUCGUGUGACUAGGCCGUCAGGAGGCGUCUCUGGACUUUCCCCUGAGGUGCCUGAGAGAUAGGCGAGACACUUCAACGCCCGGCACCGUGAACAUGAGGAUGGAACCGUCGUGCGUACACCGGAGGUCGAUAGUGUUAAACAGCGCAUGAUAGGCAAUUCCCUAAUGCAAGGCAAAUGAGCAAUUGAUUUGGAAAAGGAGCAUGAUCAAUGCCAGAAAUUGCGCUCCAGCCCCCAGGCCUCCAAAGACACCUAAGCACUCGCGGCCUUUGGAACUUUGUACGACAUUGUUGGUUUCUCUCGGCUUCGCCGUGGAAUCCUCAGACCUCAAUCGCCAAAGUUUAACCCCGCUCGUUAAAGCAGGCAGUGUUAACGUAAGCAAAAUUGAUAGCUCCUCAUAUCACGUAGUUAUCCGACAGCCGAACGAUUGAUGAUCGCGGAGUGCUCCCCCGAGGUCGCGAGGAUGGGAGAAAAAAGUUGCCAGACAUCGAAAAGGACAGCGAUCACGGUGACGGAUC